AUGUAAACAAUGGAGGCCGAAUCAUGAGGACGGAAACGUUGGAAUCAAAUUUGUACUUAGAAAAUCUUCAGGUUAAAAAAAAGUAUGUCUUCCUGUUAUGAGCUUUUUGAAGUUGCCUGUUUAUUGAGAAUAAAGGACAGCUCUACCCACCUGUCAGCAUUCCAGCAGGAUGAUGUCUCCACGACGACAUUGAUGGUCUGUGAUAACGGUUACCUUCUUGUUCGGUAUCAUCUGUAUGGACAUGAUCCUGUUAUCAAACAAAUUUCCUGGUAUGAAAAUCCCAAGAAGAAGAUAAUUUGCCUAGCAAUUGAUCCGAGUGGACAGUGGGGUUUGUUGGCGUGUGCGGACAAGUCACUCAACAUACUUCCCAUAAGAUUCUUCUUCAAAGCCACGCCCACCAGUACCUUUCUCUGGAAGACACGGGAUGUAACUGAAAUAACACCUCAGCACCAAGUAGGUACACCAACAUCUUUAAUUUGGUGGCUAUCAUCUGACGAAAAACACAUCGCAAUUAUUGGCACAACUGCCGGAGAAAUCGUGUUUGUUGAUCUGUGUCUACAACGAGAUGUGCGAUCUGUUAGAAUUAAUGAUGAAGUUGUCAAUUUGAAUCUAGUUGAGGAUGCAUGUAGUCGAGUCACCUACUUGAUAAUCCAUACUGAGUCAGGGCAGCCGUGGAAGCAACUACUGACUAGCCUAGGGCAGGGCUUUGAAGAGACAUCGUCAAGUACUAGGCUUACAAGCCUAGGCUUUGAGUAUGUGGUACGGGAAUCUUUGCCUGUACAUAACAUUCUUCGAGAGGAAUCAGGAUCCGAGCAGUUUAAGCCGAUAGAGUUCCAGCAGUUUGGCACAACUACAUAUCUCAAUUGCCACGAAGCACGUGGAGGUAAACUUGUCACUGCCUACAACAGACAAUCACGGAUUUAUAAGGUGUUUGAUGGGAAUAUUGACAAUUGGCUUCCAUUGUUUGUGUAUCGACUUCCAGAAAGCUAUAGGCACAUUGUGCUAACAAACCGUCUGAUGUUUGCUGUAUCGUAUGUGAAUAAGAAAACUGUGGUAAAUGUGCUAUCAACCAAUCUGCUAGAAGGAUCUUCAUAUUCACUAUCUGAUCAAGAUUCAAUUCUCCAAACUUUCAGUUUCCCUGGUAACCAACAUGUGGUUGCUAUAUAUUCAUGUCAUAGUAAAGAUUAUCCAAUCAUGAACUCAGAAUUUAAAAGCAAACUUAAUACCAAGGAUGUGAAUCUUCCGGCAGGCUGCAUUGUGGUUACAAACAAAGGCCUCUACCACUGUCGACCAAGAGUGAUCCCUGAAGAACUGUUUUUACAGUUAGUCUUGGAGUCCGCAAACAGUACAGAGUCUGCUGACAAGCUCGGCUUUAUUUUUGGACUGGAUGUCAAUGUCCUCUAUGAAAAAGCAGCUGAUAAACGCCUGGCUGAUGGAGACUACCAGAAGGCAAUGGAAUUGUAUAAUAUGUCAAAGUGUCCCAACAUGAAGCGUGUGACACGCUUUGCCCAGCAUGGGUGUAUUCGUGAGGUCUUAGAACACUGUUUCGCAGCAUUGAAUAAACCCAAGGCGCUGCAGUGGGUUGAGCGUAGGCAGCUUGCGGAUCUCCUAAUAAAAAGCUCAGUUCAUGAACUGUUGGAAGGAAAGGUUGAGCAAACCGUUGAUAAGCUACGACACUUUCUAAGUAGCAACUCAGAUUAUGAUGAAGUGGCAACGCUUCGAUUACUUUCUGAGACAGGAAUGCACAACCUGCUGGUAGAGGUAGCAAAGAUGCGAGGAUUGUUACCGUAUGCUCUUGAGCUCCUUAUUGAGCGUGCUCAGACAGACACUGGCUCUCUCAACUAUGACCAACUAGCUAGUCAAGGACUGUUUCACACACUUAUAACAAUCAAAGAGGGUGCUCUCCUUCGGUUGCUUACCACACAAGAACUUAUGGGCACACUUCUUGGCAAGCCGGAUCUGGCAACCAGCUAUUUGUCGCUAAUAAUGCCAUGCCUUGACCGGUUGGACCAGGUUAGGCUUCUGCAACUAGCCUGUAUGCUUGACCCAUCAAAGGCUUCCAUACAUACACUCCUCUCAGCUGCAAAUGUUCACAACAGGAGACCAAGGUCGGCAUCAACCUCAUCAAUAAGUUCCCAAUGUAGUCUAACAAGCGAGACUCAUACUCAGGACUCAUUAAGUAUCUCCAAGAAAUCCUUGAUAGAGAAUUUCCUGCGUGUACUCUUGGUGCUAAAUUUCAAAAGAUGUGAAGGAUCUAGUUGGAAUGCGGGCAGAACCACUGCCUAAUGGUCACUUCUUCUGGCCAGCUCUAUGCUUGGGGUAGAAAUGAUAGUGGCCAGUUGGGAUUAGGACAUAAAAAUGACCAGCGUUCUCCACAACUCGUGGCAAGCCUUUUCGACAAGACUAUUGUAGCAGUCAGUGCUGGUCAGGGAUUCUCCAUUGCUUUGGACAAACAAGGACUGAUCUUUGCCUGGGGAUCCAAUGACAUACAACAGCUUGGCAUAAACCAUCAGGUUGGCUGCAAUCUGAAGGGUAUCACUGAGGGGUUUGUCAACAUCCGCAUCAGUAAGACAGCACACUCUGGUGCCUGGGAUGUCCUGCUUCCGAUCACAAUUUCUGGCAUUCCAGUGGUACCAACAGCUGCUGCAGACUGGAUAUCAGAAGGACCACACCAGGAUAAUGAAGAUUUAGAAGAUGGAGCAUUUUCUUCUGAUGCAGUGAUAGAUUUUGAGAUACCACCUUUGUCUGGCAAUGGCAAGACAGGCCCCCUCUACGGACGUCCUUCACUAUGCCUAGCCCUGGAGAAGCUGGAAGAUUCAUAUGACCACAAGUAUAUUCUACAGCAAUGCAUAGACUGGGGGUUCUACGAAGGGGCAGUGAUCGUCAAUGAAGCUGAUGGCCACUUUCCCCAGGCUCUGCAUUAUCGACUGCUGGUAAUUCAGAGGGAGGGACUGCACAUACCGGAAGUGCAUGAAGCAUGCAAUAAAUACAUAAGACUUGUGGCUGAGAAAGCAGACAGUGAGAGUAGCCUCUCCUCUCAAACAUGCCUAGUCACCUAUAGACAUUUACUUUUUGAGAUUUUUCUUUUCUGGCACAAACAACAACUACCACAUGAUUCAUUAGAGGAGUUGUUGCUUAGCAACAUAAACUACCUUGCUCUGCCAUUGACACUUAUACUAUUCAGAGCUGAUCAUCAGGAAGAUGAACCAGCAAAUGGUGAUGUAGUGUCAUCUGUUUGCUCGUCAUUUACCACUGACUUCUGCCUUCAGAUCACCAAGACUGUCAUCUCAGACAUCAGUAAGUUCAAAGGCCCUAAUGACUACAGCAGACAGCUCCUCCCAGAAAGUCCAGAUCCUCCAAUGAUGUCAGUCCCAGAAGAGAAGCUCUGGCAGGAGAUACUGUACAACCUUGGCAAAGAGGCCGGUGUCAGAGAGUUUAUUUAUAUUCCCGAGAACAAAGCUUCUGCAAUGAAGGAUUCAUUGGAUGAAGCUGGUAGAGACACUCAAUCGGUUGUCUUCACUUGCGGCCAUCAUUUCCCCAAUGAGCAGGUGUACCGAGAGCAAGCUGUGCCAGAGUUGUCCUUGAAGCUCCAGAGCCUGCCAGUGGCCUUACCUGCUAGUGCCACGAUCCUCAGCCAGUACUAUCAACAAGAAGGCUACCAUCCAAUAGCUUGCCCAGACUGUGUCUUUGCUGCCAUCAAGCAGAUGCAAGCUUCUUUGUAACGUGCAAUUACAAUUCAAAGUUUUUGAAGCAAUUUUUUAUGUCGAGGACAAAAAUGUAUUGAGUUUUAUAAGUCGAUGUGUUUUGAUGCUUUUGUAAAUACAUUUUUAUACUGAAUCUGAUCAUGAUGGUACUACAUAGAUUCUCUUGUUCUGAUUGAGAAUUUAGCCCGUCUUAAUUUUGGUGCUGAUUUUGCUCCACCAAUAAGAAUAUUUGUUCCUUUUGUACAUAAUGCUAGUUUGUACUAAUUAAUCCUAUUGGUGGACAAAUUCUUUUUGUAACAUUUUGUGGGAUAAAAUUUAUUAUUUGAAGCAAUGUUUUAAGUGCAAUUAAUGUUAAGUUCUUUAACGCUGAAAUGACAUAACAUGUGAAUUAACGCAAGAGAAUUCAAGAUGACGACAGAGAUUUAUUUCAAUUAAAUAAUGACGUGAACAUGUUUUCCA